CAACAGAGCGCGCGCUCCAAAGCUGUGACAGAUCUCACUACAGCACACGUUUCUUUUCUCCAAGUGUCUUUAGGCAGAACUGGUGGAUAAAAAUGCUAUGUCCAUCAGAUAACAGAGGUCUUGUGGCCAUCAUCUUUUUCAUCCUGGGCAUGGAAACACUUCUUCCAUGGAAUUUCUUCAUUACUGCCUUCGAUUAUUUCAACGAACGGCUAAACACAUCAAUGUCAAGCAACGCUUCAGAAUCUGACCAGACUUCUCCCUAUAUGUUCGACAACAUGUGUGUGUUGCUUUCCACGCUGCCUUUGCUGUUGUUCACGUUACUAAACUCGUUUCUCUACCAGCAUAUUCCAGAAAGGAUGAGGAUAGCCGGCAGUAUGUUUAUCAUUUUACUACUCUUCAUCCUUACCGCAACCUUAGUGAAAGUCAAAAUGGGACAGGAUCUUUUCUUCAAAAUCACAAUGGCGAUCAUCUGGUUUAUCAACAUGUUUGGGGCGGUGCUUCAGGGCAGUCUGUUUGGUCUGGUUGGGAAAUUUCCCCCCAAAUAUAGUUCAUGGUUUAUGAGUGGUCAAGCCAUGGCUGGCAUCUUCUCUGCAGUCGCCAUGUUGGUGUCAAAGAUCUCUAAAACAGAUAACGAGAGUGCGGCUUUGGGCUACUUCAUCACACCCUGUGCUGCCACGCUCCUCACGCUGUGCUGCUACUCACUGCUGCCACACCUGAAAUUUGCAGGACUAUAUUUAGAAGUUGGAGCUAGAAACAAAGAGACAAAGGAGGAUUUGGAUCUAAACCUUAAGGAGAAUGUGACCUUGGUCAAAGUGAAGCCCACUGAUUCAGACUACGCUGGUAAAAGCGCGUUAAAUGACUCUUAUGUCGGAGCCUUCAAGACUGUGGACGCACUAGAGACACAAGGAGAAAAGGCACCGGUAUUGGCAGUGUUUAAAAAGAUUUGGGUGAUGGCCUUGUGUGUGACGUGUGUUUUCGCAGUCACGUUGUCUGUUUUUCCAGCAGUCACUGUGAUGGUGAAGCCAAAUGGUCUGUUUACAGGAACAAUGGGCGACAUUUUUACACCCCUCUUUUGUUUCUUGGUCUUCAGUUUGAUGGAUUGGGUUGGCCGAAGUGCCACCUAUAUUUCUCAGUGGCCCAAAAAGGAAAGCUGUCUGUUCCCGAUCUUAGUGGCAGCUCGUAUGAUCUUCAUUCCUGCCCUCAUGUUUUGCAACAUUCCAUCUCGCAUCUAUCCAUUAAGUUUUUUCAAACAUGAAUUAGCCUACAUAGUCAUCAUGUCAUUAUUUGCCAUGACAAACGGAUAUUUUGCCUGUCUCUCCAUGUCCUAUGCUCCACAGUUGGUGAGGUCUAAGGAUGCAGAGACUGCUGGGGCUUUGAUGACCUUUUUCCUGGCUUUGGGAUUGUCACUUGGGGGUGCUUUCUCAUUUGUCUUGAAAAAACUCGUAUAGUUUUCGUUGAUGGCCUAGUGGUCAUGUUACUGCUAUUCAGGCAGCUAUUCUGCUUUUGCAAUGCUAAUCCCAUACAUCUAGAGCCUGCCUCACUCUCACGUGCCACUUCUUAAUGCAAUACUUCUUUAAAAUCCAUAAUUACAGGCUACACCUAAGUGAAUCAUAAUGGUAAAGAUUAGAUAAUGUAUUAUGUAACAAUUAUAUGUUCUAAAAGGGAGAUUUUUUAUUUUAUUUUUUUUAUUUGUUUGUUAUUGGUUUGUUUUAUAUUAACUCCAUGUUUAUUUAAAGAAUUUUAGUUUUUUACUAUUUUUACAAAAUAUUUGUCAAUAUUUUGAAUUCAUAUUGCACUGUAUUGUUUUUUAAAUUUUUCUGUUUUCUAACAUAUUUAUUUUCGGUCUUUCUAAAAAAAAAAAAAAAAAAAGUCUUGUCUCUGUUUACACAUUUACUGAGUUACUGUUGUUGAGAAACUUGCAAAACUUGCAUUUCCUUCUCACUCCAAGUUAUUUUUCCCAGCAUAGCUGAGCUGAUGCCUACAGUAUAAUAUCAGAUUACUUUGUAAUCAUUGUAACAGUUAAAGAAUAAACAAAUACUGUUCUGUACAAGAAUCUAACCAUCAGCAUUGCUGUAACCCAUCAGGUUAUGAGAGAUGACCUGCUCCAUGCUUUCACACAGCUCUCUGUACUCUACACUGCUCACCUCCGUCAGUUG